UAACUACGGUCAGCACCCCGGUCACCGUGGGCUCGAAGUUGGCCAACUACCGAUAUCGUACGCAACAAGCCAUAUUCUUUGAUUUCUUGGUUGCUUUUUCACGACGAGAAUUGGAACGUCGGAUUCCGGCGAAAGACUUCGUCGUGAUCGGAGCGGCGGGCGUGGACAGUCGAUUUCGAUUCAGGUUUUUUUCCCUUUACUUUUCAAAUCGUGGAUCGCAAUUUCCUUCUGGGUCAUACAAUUAACGAUAGCAACGGACGAUUCAACAAAACUGGAUUCAGAAGUACGCUUUGGAUCAUCCACUGGACGACUUAUUUCAACUCUACGGUGCAAACAAUUGUUUAGAGUUGUGUUGUUGGACAAGGGAGAUUGCUUGAAAUUUGAGACUGAAUAGACUGAGAUGGACAGUGACAAUGACUUCACAUUUUGUCAGGUGGGUUUACCGUCCGAGGGUGAUGAGAAAGAUGAUAUACGGGCGAAGGAUCUUGCAUUAGAAAUAGGUGAUAUUACCUUAAGGGAAGAAUUGGCGAAUGGCACUAUUAGUAGUCCGCAUGUUGGUUGGAACGAUAAGUUGUCAACUGAUAUCACUUCCAACAAGCAGGCAAUGGUGGGUUCUUUGCAUUUCAAUGUUAUUGAUAUGUCAUCUGCAAAACAAUCAAGUGCACUGUCAACAGAAGAGAUGGCAAAAGAUGCUGGAAAGGCCGUGAGAACUUCAGGAAAGCAGGGGACUGCUGCACGUAAGCCUGCAACUCGAACAAAGGUUCCUUUUGAAAAGGGGUACAGCCAAAUGGAUUGGCUUAAGCUUACUCGAACCCAUCCUGAUCUUGCAGGAUUGAAAGGACAGUCAAAUAAAAGGCUUAUCCCUAUGAGUGAAGUUAAACAACAUCAAACUGAGGGCUCCAUGUGGACUGUUCUCAAAGGUCGUGUAUACAAUAUAUCUCCAUAUAUGAAAUUUCACCCUGGAGGUGCUGAUAUACUCAUGAAAGCAGUGGGAAAAGAUUGCACAUCUCUAUUCAAUAAAUACCACGCCUGGGUGAAUUCUGAAUUUUUGCUGGAGAAGUGUCUUGUUGGCACUUUGGAUGAUAGUCAUUGAAGGGCAGCAACAUAUCAACAAGAAGUAGGAAGAGGUCCUUAAUUAUUUUGGGAUCCAAUGGCUACCGAGGACAUAGGAACCUAAAUUUCAUCUAUGAUUGUUGUAUAACAUGUAGCUUUUGACAAAGUCUAUAGAUGGUGUACUGUUGUCUAUUGUAUUGAGAAAAGGAUAAAUUAUUUGGUAUUGAAAUGAGUUCUUUUAAAGUUCUAAACAAAGAUAAAGUUGUACUCGAAUUUUGAUUCUUAAUGAGUCAAUCUCUUAGAGGUA